GACUAGCUUGUUGAACAAGAACAGGGAAACGAGUAAUGACAUUUAAACUUUCUUUUGACUUUAUAAAUCUAGCUAGCCUCUCGUGACUCGCCAUCACCGCCUUUAUUUAUGGAGUCUCUUCAACUACCCGUCUUCCUAACUCACCCUUACAAAAAUCACUUUUAACGCAAACAUAUCAAAGAAGUUUAUUACAGUCCAAGUAAUCUCCAAGAAUUUUUAAUGGAAUUGAAAUUUUUUACUUACACAAGAUUUGAAAACAGGCAAUUAGACUUAUCAUCAUGCAAUCAACUCACUGACAGCAUGAUUCCCGUCUGUGUAAGGCCUCCUGUCUACCAUCAGGAAUUUCAUCGAGUUUCUUCUAAUUAGUUAAAAAGCAGAGCAGAGCAGAGCCUGGACUCCAUUAAAACAUAUUUAAUGCAUCACCAUUGGCCGUACUGAGUGUAGGUACGAGUGAAUUAAAUAUGGGGAAAAGGUUCGAUAUUGGAAGAGACCCAAUUGACCUCCAUACCAAAUUUGACAACAAAAAUACGGAUUUAUUACUACAAAACCCCAAAUUGAAACAAAAGAUCUUGGAGUACAUUUUACUAUUCCAAUGCUUGACCUUGUUAACACGCCAAUGUAGUUAGUCUAGAUUAAUCACAUAUAUGCCUCAAGCAAAGUCUGAUAGAAACCCAAAUAGUAGGUUUUUUGUUCAUGACCUUAUAAUGUUAGUGUCUAGAAUUUGGUCUGGGUAUACUGUACUAGUGAGAUGACUCCACUCGGUAUUAUUAUUUGCUUUCCCCCAAUUAUGAGUCCUUGGGCAUUCAACCACGUCUUUAUGGAUUGAGUUGGAUUUGUGUUGGUGUGAGGGGAUUUUGUGGGGGGCAACUUUUAUAGGUGGUCUCAUCACAGAUUUCACGAAGCUGUCGCUUUGAUUCUGUGAAAGAAAGUUAAUAAUCAUGGCGCUUUGUAUGGUGUGAUCCGCCUUUUUCAUUUCUUGUUAGCAAGUCAGUUCCAAAACAGUGAAAAAAUUCAACGUAAAGCUGCUUUUCAAAAGAUUGUUUCCUUUUUGUUGUGGAAGUCCAACGGAAAUAUAGGCCAGGUUUAUAGAUAUGAUGGUUUUGAAUAACUUGCCAAUGAAUGCAAUAGAAUCAUAGCGGUGCAUGUUUAAACAUGUUGCAAGGGCUCAAGGUUGAAGUGUGGUGCACCAGCAGAUCAGAGCGAAGGAUGCAUAGGUUAGGAUGCUGUCGAAGAGACAAGGGACUCAGUUUGGAUCUUGAAGAGGAUGGAGGAAAAAUGAUGAACAUGGGGAUGGUAGAUGGGGUGUUUAAGAGCUGGAGUAUGGACAGCGGGGGCUUCUGUACAGAUUCCUUAUCCCUGGAGGAAGAUGAUUCCAGUUGUUCUUCUAGUAAAGAUGGUUUUGGUUCAUUUUCCACCGCUAGAUGGUCAGUCAGAAGGUUGCCAGAAGAUCAAUGCCAUGAAGAAUUGUUAGAGGUCCCUAGUCCUGAAGAGUAUAAAUGCGUUCUAGAUGAAAAGACUACGCAUCACAUGGAAUGGGAUGAUGUAAAUAUGAUGAAGGAAAGGUUUGCAAAGCUACUUCUUGGAGAGGACAUGUCUGGUGGAAGUAAAGGAGUUAGCACAGCCUUGGCAUUGUCCAAUGCCAUAACCAAUCUUUCAGCUUCUGUGUUUGGGGAACUAUGGAGGCUUGAGCCAUUAGCAGAGGAGCGGAAGGCCAAGUGGUGCAGAGAAAUGGAUUGGCUUCUUUCUCCUGCUAAUUUCAUGGUGGAGCUUGUUCCUGCAAGACAAAGUUAUUCAAAUGGAAGGAGCAUAGAGAUUAUGACACCCAGGCCUCGAUCUGACAUUCAUAUCAAUCUUCCAGCACUGAGGAAGUUAGAUGCCAUGUUGAUUGAAUCUUUGGACAGCCUUGGCCAGACAGAAUUUUGGUAUGCAGAAGGAGGUAAUGAAGGAAUGAAUGACUUACACAGUGUGAGCAUGACACAUGGGAAGAAGUGGUGGUUACCAGUUCCAAAGGUGCCUUUGAACGGGCUUUCAGACGAAGCAAGAAAAAAGUUGCUUUAUCAAAGAGAUUGUAUAAACCAGAUAUUCAAAGCUGCAAAAUCUAUUAAUGAGCAGAUUUUAUCAGAAAUGGAGGUUCCAGAGGUCUUCUGGGAUACACUUCCCAAGACUGGUAAAUCAAGCCUUGGAGAUGCUCUCUAUAGAACCAUCACAACAGAAUACUUAUCUACUGAGAGUGUGCUCUCUUCGCUGGAUUUAUCAACUGAGCACAAUGCUCUAGAAAUGGCAAACAGAUUGGAGUCAGCCAUAUACGCAUGGAAAAGGAGGAUACAAGGUAGGCAGAGCAUUUCAUUUGAGGAAGGCAAAACUGGUGUUAGAUCUCCAUGGUCACUGGUGAAGGAAUCCGAAGCUGAACUUGUGAAGAAGGAACUUUACAUGGAAAGGGCAGAGAAUAUUCUACUCCACCUAAAGAACAAAUUCCCAAGCAUACCACAAACUUUCUUGGACAUAACCAAAAUUCAAUACAACAGGGAUGUUGGACAUUCAAUCUUGGAGAGCUACUCCAGAGUAUUAGAGAGCUUAGCAUUCAAUAUCCUUUCAAGAAUUGGGGAUGUUAUUAGAGAGGACGAUUUGGUCAAAUCCUCACAGAGCAGCCCUCCAGCUCUGAGUUGCAUAGAUGAUGAAAGCAUGAUUUCUUCGAAGUCAAGGAACCUAGAUGAGCGCUGCCCUUUCCCGUCAGAAAGCCCUUCUCCUACAAGUCCCAUAAGGACACCUCAAUCCAGGCAACAUCAUCAAGCGGAUGCAACGCAAAUAGGCGAGGCCCUCAUAAAUUUCAUUAACAGGGAGUCCUGCUUCUCAGAAUCAGACUACAAGGAUGCCAGAGAGGAAAUAGCUAGUGUUUCAGGGAAAAACAGUGCCUCCCCUAUUUCUCCCCGUUUAGCCAACAUAUGGUGUUAUGGAAGAGAAGUUUGUUCUAGUGUCUCUUGCCCAAAUUCUCCAUGACAACUACUUACAUGAGUGUUUCUUCUCAAUGUAAAUGCAGUGACAUAACUGAUAGUUUGCUCAUAUAAUUUGCCUGCUCAAGGCCAGGUACAAUGUAGAAUAAGCACUAUGUUCAGAGCAAAGUUUUAUUUGUAACCUCUCUUUCAAAUGUGCAGCCCAUAUCUCCACUUACAUAAUGUCAUUAUGCACAUUAGCCCAGAAAUUCCAUAAUUGCCCAUAUCUCCACUUACAUAAUGUCUCAUUAUGCACAUUAGCUCAGAAGGCUAAACUAGAAAUUCCAUAUUCUGUACUACAACUUGCCACAUGUAUACAAAUAUUAACGGGAUUGUAAAACAUUAAAAAAAAAAAAGGUUUUAUAUUACCAUUUAUUCUC